UGGAGCUUAGAGGAGGCGGAAGUGUUAACGCAGGCGGAAGUGGUACUGCCCUGAAUUCCCUCAGCAGCGAAACGGAGGACGGACUGAUACUCCAAGCAUUUAGAGACCAAAAGUAGGACUCGAAAUAUAUUUAAAUUAUCGACAUGGAUAAGAGCGACCUAGUGCAGAAGGCUAAGCUGGCUGAACAGGCUGAACGCUAUGACGACAUGGCUUCCUCUAUGAAGGCCGUCACCGAAGGUGGAGGUGAGCUGUCCAAUGAGGAGCGCAACCUGCUGUCUGUGGCCUACAAGAACGUGGUGGGUGCUCGCCGAUCCUCCUGGCGUGUCAUCUCCAGCAUCGAGCAGAAAACUGAGGGUAACGAGAAGAAGCAGCAGAUGGCACGUGAAUAUCGUGAGAAAAUUGAGUCUGAGCUACAGGACAUCUGCAACGACGUGUUGGGCCUUCUUGAGAAGUACCUCAUACCCAAUGCUAGCCAGGCAGAGAGCAAAGUCUUCUACCUGAAAAUGAAGGGAGACUACUACAGAUAUUUAUCUGAGGUGGCAUCUGGCGAGGCAAAAAAAACAACGGUGGACAAUUCUCAGAAGGCCUACCAGGAUGCGUUUGACAUCAGUAAGAAAGAGAUGCAGCCUACACACCCCAUCAGGCUGGGGCUCGCUCUCAACUUUUCCGUGUUCUACUAUGAAAUCCUAAACACCCCGGAGCAGGCCUGCAGUUUGGCAAAGACAGCUUUUGAUGAAGCGAUCGCCGAGCUCGACACUUUGAAUGAGGACUCUUACAAAGACAGCACCCUGAUCAUGCAGCUACUAAGGGACAACCUUACUCUGUGGACAUCAGAAAACCAGGGUGAUGAUGGAGAUGCUGGAGAGGGCGAGAAUUAAAGGCAUUGCACUUCACUGUUUAAAUCCACCCACACGCUUGAUCUUACACAUACAGCCCAUAGUUCCCUACUCCAUCCACUUCACCCUAACUUGCCUUUCUGUAUGAUGAGCAGCAUGAAUUGUAUCUGACAUACAAGUCUCUGCCCCUCUGAGAUCAAGGCACAGGGUAAUGUUCGGUUCUUUGAUGGCUGAAAUGUUUUGAACACUUGUUUUGAUGUCCUGUGGGAGGGAAGGGGAUGUUGAAUAUGGGGUAUGGUGGCCUAAUACUGCUUUUUUUUUUUUUUUUUUUUUUUUUUUUAAAGGUAAUUGUUCAUUAUCAGGUAAUGCAUUAUAGUAUCUUUCACUCCUGUCUCUCCUAUCUUCAGUGGUUUUUAUCAAAAAAAGGUUAUUAAACUGUCCGUUUAAUUUAAUAAUCACUGUGAUUCUUAAUUCCCCCUGAUUAAAUUGAAAAAGUUUUAUUAGUAUGAGCAGAACAAUUCUGUUGCAACUCCUACAGAAAGGAAGUAAACAGGCUGUAUUGUGACACUGACUAACAUGCAUUACUGUUGUUGUUGUGCAAUGUUGAUGAUUUUUACUUUGCAUGAGUCCAAGAAAGAAAAUAAAAGGGACCUGAGGUUGUCA